AUGGCCGCGAUUACCAGCAAGCAGGUCCAGGUUCCACACGGUCCUGAAGCUAAGCUGGUUAACCUGAUGGCGCCUGUUGAGCAGCGUGCUGCUCUUGUUGCGAGCUGCAAUAAGCGCUUCGAGCUCAGCGACCGCAACGCGUGUGACGUGGAGUUGCUUUGCGUGGGCGCGUUCUCUCCUCUGGAGGGCUUCCUUCCCAAGGAAGAGUACGAGUCGGUUGUCAACGACAUGCGCCUGACCAACGGGCUGCUGUUUGGCCUGCCCAUCGUGCUGGACACCAACAGCGAGGACAUUGUCCCGGGCGACACCGUGUUGCUCUCUUACCAGGGCCAAGAUCUGGCGGUCAUGAACGUGACCUCCAAAUACACCCCGAACAAGCCGCUGGAGUGCCUUAAGUGCUACGGCACCUCCUCAUUAGAGCAUCCCGCCGUGCAGAUGGUUGCCAUGGAGCGCGGCAAGUACUACCUGGGCGGCCCCAUCAAGGGCCUCGCGCUCCCUACCCGCGUCUUCCCAUGCGCCACCCCGAGCGAGGUCCGCGCCACCCUGCCAGCCAACCAGGAUGUUUUGGCCUUUCAGUGCCGCAACCCGAUUCACAAGGCUCAUUAUGAGCUCUUCAUUCGUGCCCUGGACGCCCCCAACGUCCGUGAGGGCGCCGUCUGCCUGGUGCACCCAACUUGCGGCCCGACCCAGGACGACGACAUCCCUGGUGUUGUUCGUUUCCGUACCUAUGAGGUCCUGAAGGAGGAGACUGCCAAUCCGCGCCUGCGCUGGGCGUACCUGCCCUACAGUAUGCACAUGGCCGGUCCGCGCGAGGCUAUCCAGCACAUGAUCAUUCGCAAGAACUAUGGCUGCACACACUUCAUCAUUGGACGUGAUAUGGCGGGCUGCAAGUCAUCCAUCUCCGGCAAGGACUUCUAUGGCGCAUACGAUGCUCAGGAGAUGGCCAACAAGCACGCUGGCGAGCUGAACAUGCAGACUGUGCCGUCGCUGAACAUUGCAUAUACGGAGGAGAAGGGCUAUGUGACGGCGGACGUGGCCAAGGCGGAGAACCUGCAUGUGCUAAACCUGUCGGGCACCAAGUUCCGCCAGAUGCUGCGUGCGGGCGAGGACAUUCCCGAGUGGUUCGCGUUCAAGUCGGUCGUAGCGGUGCUUCGGGAGCAGAUCCAGACUGCACCCCCCCGCCAUUGA